AAGUGUUGCCAGUGGGAGUGGAGACAUAGCCAGGUUGAUACACGGGUUGCACCACCACCAGGUAUACAGGCGCUACUCAGGAAUGAUUUCGGAAAACUGGGAGUCAUGAAUUGGCAGAUGAAGCGUCGCAGGCAGACUCAACUUCCAGCUUAAGUUUCGUUACCCCUGAGACCCGCCUCUUUAAACCAUGGCCGAUAACGGGGAGUUCGCGGAGGAAGGCUUCUACAACAAGAAGGAGAAGACAGCCAGUACUUUUUUCUUCCACUUCCUCUUCAGUCACUUUGGGCUAUUUCUGAUCGUCGCUCUGUACGCCAUGGCUGGUGCCUACAUAUUCAUGGAGAUCGAACUUCCCAAUGAGGAGAUAAAUUUUGAGAAGAAGAGAAGAAUGGCUGGUGAGGUGAACCAAACCAUCAACUACAUGGCUCAGCUCUUCUGGUUCUACGGUGAGAACAACUGGACCGACUUCGCGGAAUAUACCAAUCAGGUACGCGUAGAUCUGAAGCAGCUGGAGACAUAUGUCAUCACCGCUGUGUCUGAAUACAAUUAUGAUGGAACAGUGGACGGAUGGGACUAUAGCUGGACGCUGCCCAAGUCUAUCCUCCUCACCAUGACUAUCAUGUCCACCAUUGGUUAUGGUCACAUCUACCCGGUAACAGACUACGGCAAGUUAUUCUGCAUCAUCUACGCCAUCAUCGGCUGCCCCCUCCUGCUGGUGUUCCUGGGUAACCUCGGGAACUCCAUGGCCGACACCUUCAUCUACAUCUACAGUCGGUGCUGCUGCCGGUGGUGUAGAAGUCGGCGUAACGAGGAGGAACUUCCCGCCAAUGCAAGCAAGAAGCAUCGGAAAUUACUCAUUGAUGACGAAAUUGGCAACGAGGAGUACAUGCCCACUGAUAAAAUGGAUGUCCCCAUCACCAUCAACUUGUUGUUGCUGAGUCUAUACAUCGCAUUGGGUGCUGUGCUGUUCGCCUACUGGGAAAACUGGGACUUAAGUUCCUCAUGUUACUUCACCUUCGUCACGCUCUCUACCAUCGGCUAUGGGGACUUGGUUCCCGGUAAUGCCAUCCUGGACAGUAGCAGUGGUUCUGGGACUAUCAAGAUGAUCAUAUGUAUUUUGUAUAUCGUGCUUGGUAUGGCGUUGCUGUCCAUGUGCAUCAACCUCAUGCAAGAGCAACUGGUCGGUAAAUGCCGCUGGCUGGCUCGUGAGAUUGGUCUCAACACUAAAUCUGAUGAUGUGCAGAUGGUAGAUGAUGACAAGGACAAAAAGAAGAAGAAAAAGAAGAAGAAGAAGAAGAAGGAUGAUUCACGUGACCCCGAGCUGGGCCCACCCAUGAUUGGAGAUAACUUUUCUCCACCUGCAUCUCCAUAUCCAGACUCAAGGUCCUCAUCUCCAGACUCAAGGUCCUCAUCUCCAGACUCAAGAUCCUCAUCUGCAAACCCCAAAUCCCCAUCUCCAAAGCCUAGAUCCCCAUCUCCAAAGCCUAGAUCCCCAUCUCCAAAGCCUAGAUCCCCAUCUCCAAAGCCUAGAUCCCCAUCUCCAAAGCCCAAAUCCCCAUCUCCAAAGCCUAGAUCCCCAUCUCCAAAGCCUAGAUCCCCAUCUCCAAAGCCUAGAUCACCUUCUCCAAAGCCCAAGUCGCCUCCUCCAAAGCCCAAAUCGGCUCCUCCAAAGCCCAAGUCGCCUCCUCCAAAGCCCAAAUCGGCUCCUCCAAAGCCUAAGUCGCCUCCUCCAAAGCCUAGGUCCCCGUCACCAUCCCCAUGUUCAUCACCUGAACCAAUGCCACGUAUUCCAGGAAUUCUUGAUGACUUUUAAACUAAAGAAUCAUAAGAGCUUCUUCGGUAUAAGUGGAAACCUUCUUGGAAAGUUUGGGAGACCAGACUAUAUCACUACUAAUUUGUUAUCGAUUUAAAAUUUAUUAACCAGAAGUUCAAUAUUUCAUUCUAAUGCAUGAAGACGUUAGCUUUGAGUAAUUGCGGAAACUUGAGGUUUAAUAAUAAUAUGGCUACCCUGCAGUAUGGCAUGAGAAGGUUUACAAGAGGAUAAACAAAGCUAGAUUUCAAACAACACAACUCAGAAACUUGCUCAGUAGCUGGACACUAUAAGUAUUGAGUAACUUGGCUUCAGUCAUAAUGAGGGAACACUAGAGCAGUUCCGUAGUCAUUGAAGUAAACAUUGAAUUUUAUGUCCUGGAAACAAGGAAAAUCUUACAUGACAAAACUUUUCCUGAUUUCUGGAUUUCAUUAACGGUUGUCUUGGGAUUUUGGAUAACUGAAGAACUUUUUGUAGAAGGAAAAAUCUCCCAAUCAACGUCAUUAAAAGUUAACAAAUUCUUUUAAGGCGUAGUGAGACUUAAUUACUUCCUCUACGGGUGUAUUUUAUUUUCCUGCAUUAAUUUUUUUUAACUAAAGAAGUACAGUAGCAAAAAGUUUGUUUUGGAUAAAUUAUAUUAACACAAAAACAACAAAAUAGAAAGUUAAAAGAAAAUGAACAUUGCUGUAACAAAACGCGCUUAAAGACCUUCGUUGUUGAGGCGCAGUAUUCCCGCAGUAAUAACAUUAAAACAACUUCCCCUAAACUAACGAAGUAAACACUCAAUUGCAAUACAAAUUAAAUGGGAAAAGUAAUAUGUAACCAAAUGAAUAACUACACUUAGCUGUCAGUAACCGAAUGUGUUGAACAGCGACGAAGGGCGAGUUCUUACGAUGAGACCAGAGAAUCGACUAAACUAAGAGCAGGUAAAUUCAGGCUGUGGUAACCUGUAGUGUGAGUCCCUGCCACCAGGGAUUUUCAUCACUUGAGGGUACAGCAGGUUGAACUAUUUUAUGUCGCUUGUGAACUACUGUGUCUGGUGGUUAGUAUUUGUCAGGCAGCUCAAGACAACUAAGGGUGGAAAUGAGUUAAGAAUGUAAUAUUUCGUCGUCUAAUGUUGUGAAUGGAAGCAGCGUCUGUCAUAUGAUGCAGCUCAGUUGUGGUCUUAUGUACACGUGAGAAUUAGUAUUAUAUGAGUAACUUGGCUUCAGACACACGUGAAGAACACUGGUGAGGACGCUUCAGUGACAGACGUGGCCACCCAGCCGGACAACUCAUGUACAGUGUAGAUUAAGGACGAAAUUGAAUUAUAUGGAUAAUAAUGAAAUUUCUGAAUAAAUCAUUGGGUGUU